CGGACGCGGAAAGGACGCAGGGACUCUGUUGGGCGCCCGGGAUCUCGCCGGCUCGGCGGCGGUGGAGGCGGGAGCCUCUGCUUCUGGGCGAGAAGUGACCCGGUGCCCGAGAAUCCGGAUCUCGGCGCGGAGGGUGGGCACGAUGCGGCUGGGCUCCGGGACCUUCGCUGCCGGCUGCGUCGUGAUCGAGGUGCUCGGCGUCGCGCUCUUCCUCCGGGGCUUCUUCCCGGCUCCCGUCUUUUCCGGAACGGAGCGGCAAGCAGAGUCCCCGGCGCCCGAACCCUCUGCUGGAGCCAGUUCCAACUGGACCGAGCUUCCACCACCUCUCUUCAGUAAAGUUGUUAUUAUGCUGAUAGAUGCCUUGAGAGAUGAUUUUGUGUUUGGAUCAAAGGGUGUGAAAUUUAUGCCCUACACAACGUAUCUUGUGGAAAAAGGAUCGUCUCUCAGUUUUGUGGCUGAAGCAAAGCCACCUACAGUUACUAUGCCUCGAAUCAAGGCGUUGCUGACGGGGAGCCUCCCUGGCUUCAUCGAUGUCGUCAGGAACCUCAAUUCCCCUACGUUGCUGGAAGACAAUGUGAUCACACGAGCCAAAGCUGCUGGGAAAAGAAUCAUCUUUUAUGGAGAUGAAACAUGGGUGAAAUUAUUUCCAAAGCACUUUGUGGAAUACGAUGGAACAACCUCUUUUUUUGUAUCAGAUUAUACAGAGGUGGAUAAUAAUGUUACAAGGCAUUUGGAUACAGUACUAAAAAGGCAGGAUUGGGAUGUGUUAAUCCUGCACUACCUCGGGCUGGACCACAUCGGCCACAUUUCUGGCCCCAGCAGCCCCCUGAUUGGGCCCAAGCUCAGUGAGAUGGACAGCAUCCUGAUGAAGAUCCACACCUCACUGCUGUCAGAGGAGAGAGGGGCUCUGCUGCCCAGCCUGCUGGCCCUCUGUGGUGAUCAUGGCAUGUCUGAAGCUGGGGGCCAUGGAGCCUCUUCCAUGGAGGAAGUAAACACUGCCCUGGUCCUAAUUAGCUCUGCAUUUGAACGGAAACCUGGUGAUGUCAGACAUCCAACGCACGUUCAACAGACCGAUCUGGCUGCAACACUCUCAGUAGGCCUGGGUCUGCCGAUUCCGAAGAGCAACACGGGCAGUCUUAUGUUCCGAGUUGUGGAAGGAAGACCCGUGCGGGAACAGCUGAGGUUUCUACAUUUAAAUGCAGUGCAGCUUAGCAAGCUGUUGCAGGAGAACGUUCCGUCGUAUAAGAAAGAGCCUGGAUUUGAGCAGUUUAAAGUGUCGGAAAGACUGCACAGGAACUGGGUCAGGCUGUACUUGGAGGGAAGUAACUCAGAAGCCCUUGUCAACCUGGGAGCCAAGGUUCGCAGGCAGUACUUGGACGCACUGAGUAUGCUGAGGCUGUCGCUGACCAGACGAGCGGCCCAGUACGACGUCUACUCCAUGGCGGCGGGGACCGUCCUGGUCCUGGAGGCCCUCGCCCUGCUCCUGCUCGGCGUCCCGCAGGCGCUGAGCAGCAGGGCUGAGCUGGACGUGCCCCUGCUGUCGCCCGUGUCCUCUCUGCUCUUCGGCCUGCUGCUCCUGGCUCUCGCGGCGCUCCACGUCGUCGUGUGCACUGCCGCCGACAGCUCGUGCUACCUGUGCGGGCUCCCGUGGCUGGCUGCGGGCGGAGUGAUGGCGCUGACCGCCGCGCUGCUCUGUGCCGGCAUGUCUGCUCUCACCAGGAUUUUUGCCGGUGGGCAGUGUCUGACUCAGACUCCACCUCAGUCCACCUCAAGGUGGUCAGAGUUAGAUCUUCUCAGCUUCCUGGGAACCGUGGGCCAUGUGUUGAGUCUGGGCGCAAGCAGCUUCAUCGAAGAGGAGCACCAGACCUGGUACUUCCUCGUCAACACACUGUGUUUAGCUCUGUGCCACCAAAUCUACAGACACUGCCUUCUGGGAGACGACUGUGCCCCGCAGCGUUGCCCACACACGGGAGAGGAGUUUGACGGGGUCGCGGUGGCCCUGCAGGGCAAGCGUGCUGGCCCUGAGGGGUGGGAGCUCAGCCAUGCGCCCAAGGACCCCUCCUCCCUGGAAGCCCUCAGAGGCCCCAAGCGGUGGAUGGUGCUGGCGAGCCCCUGGCUGGUUCUGGCCUGCUGCCGGCUCCUGCGAUCCCUGAACCAGACCGGUGUACAGUGGGCCCACCGGCCCGACCUGGGGCACUGGCUCACCAGCUCUGAUCAUAAGGCUGAACUCUCUGUUCUGGCCGCGCUUUCCCUCGCCAUGAUUUUUGUGUUGGUUCAGAAGAGGUGCUCCCUCACAUCAAAAGUGGCCAUGGCGUUUGGCCUGCUGGGCGUCUAUUGCUACCGGGCAGCCAUUGGAAAUGUGCUGUUCCCAUGGCAACAAGACAACAAAGACAUUUCAAAGGGUAUUACCGAGGCGCGUUUUGUUUACGUCUUUGUCCUUGGCAUUCUGUUCACGGGCACCAAAGACUUGCUUAAAUCUCAAAUCAUCGCUGCAGACUUCACGGCCAGGACUGUGGGCCUCUGGGAGAUACACAGCGGCCUAGUCCUCCUGGCAGCACUGCUCCUCAGACCCCACAACCUGCCCGUCUUGGUGCUGAGCCUCGCGGUCCAGACCGUCAUGACUCAGUUCAUCUGGAGGCCCCUGAGGCACGGCGCAGCCGCGGUCACUGUGAUGCAUUACUGGUUUGGUCAAGCAUUCUUCUAUUUCCAGGGAAACUCCAACAGCAUCGCCACUGUGGACGUCUCAGCAGGCUUCGUGGGCCUGGAUGCCUACAUGGAGAUCCCAGCCAUGUUCCUGACAGCAUUUGCGACAUACUCGGGGCCUGUGCUGUGGGCCAGCCACCUGGUGAACUUCCUGACCUCAGAAGCCAGCAGCUGAGGUGCAUGAGCUCUUCAUGGCAGCCUGCGGACCUCUCACUGACUGUGGCACGUGGGCUCUGUGGUUUCCUGCGGGCAGGCUCUCCAGCUGAGGCGCAGGGUCUUCCUGCCCUGCAGCAGGAAGGAUUUGAGUUCCCCAACCAGGGAUCUGAGCCAUGUCCCCUACAUUGGAAGUCUAUGUUCUCAACCACUGGACCACCAAGCAAGCUCUGAAAACGCAUCUCCAGUGGCUCAAAACCUCGGCCCUGGGUAGACCGUGCCCCUCUUCGGAGGAGCUGGCGUCUGCUCUGGAGCUCAGCAGUGGGGACAGACAGCUUGGCUGCAGGCCCUCCGCUCAUCCCCUCGACUGCAAAUUACCUUAUGCUGAGGUUACAGGAACUGCCUCCUCACUGGGGCUGUCACUAUGGAAGGAACCCAGUCAGAGUCUUCCAAAUGCGUCACGUGCCCCACUCACAUGACAUUGAAACCCAAGCAAGGCAGUGUCCUGAGUUUCCCUACCUCCUUGUCUGGUCGAGAGGGCCGUGGGGUCGGCAGGCUUCCUCUGAGCACAGAUGCUCUGGCACCCCAGGAGGGCAGCGGAGCUGAGGCCCGUCUACCAGGCCCAUCCCCAGGAGUUUCCUGCACUGGGUGUUGGAGCCGAGGCCCCAGGAGGGGAGGAGGUGCUGCCUCAGGCCCAGCUCUCCCAGAACCCCUGCCUGAGGGACUGGGUCCCAAGUGGGACACGAGGCUGGGCUUGAGCACUCCCCCCAGGGCUCGUGCUCUGGCGGCUGCGCGUGCGCUCACGGCCUGCGCGACCAGAGUGCCGUGCUGUAACGCACGUCUCCCUUUCUGUUGACAGCGGCUCGGCGCUGAGGCGCGCUUGCUUCUGCUACGCGCUCGUCUGUUCUGUUCCAGUUUCUGUGUAUAUCGUUAUGGUGACAUCCCUGCGUUAUCACUUAUUUAUAUGGAGUGUGUUUUCUCCAAAACUUCUCUAUGAGGGAAUGCAUCUCCUCGUCACAGCUGCUGUGUGUAUAUUCUUCACAGCCAUGGACCAAACCAACACAAAGUCUUAGAUGGAGCUGUUAAGACACUGGAAGAAUUAUAUAUUUUUAAACUCUUUUGUCUACUUCAUGGGUUUGUGUCAUGAAGGAUAUCUGUUUAAAUGCAAGAUUAUUCUUUUAAAAAAAGAUGUGAAUUCUAUAAAGUUGAUGAAUAGCUUCAAUUUCUUUGAUUACUGUACUUGAAUUUAGAUUGAGUAGUAAGUAGUUUAAAAGACUUGGUUUGGAUAUGCAUCGUAUUUCCCUGUUGACAAUCACUCCGGGAACUUCUGAGCUUUUAAUUUCCUCUGGAUAAGUUACCUGAAUAUAUGUGUUUAAAUUGAA